AUGGCACCCCGGAAGAACAACCCGGCGCCGUCUUCGUCAAACGGACAUUCCACCACACGCACAGACGAGCGCACACCUCUCCUCCACGUCGACGAGCCCACGACCCCUCUCCCCAUCGCCCCGCAAGACGAAAACGCCAUCCCGCCAAACGAGUUCGACCUCCUCCUCUCCAGGUCCAUCCCCUCCUCAGGACCCUUCCUCGAACCCGAGUCGACGGUAAACCCACUCCUCCGCGGGCCCCGGCGCUACAGCACGGCCUCCAAACCCCGCCGGCCAUCGCUCGCAAGCCGCUCCGAUCGCGCCUCCGUGACCGGAGUCGCCGCCGUCGACGACUACCUAGACAAUGACGAUGCCGUCUCCAUCAGCAGCAGCGUCGCCUCGACGCCCUACCUGAACGGCAUCUCCCGCUCCCGCUUCUGGUUCAUCUUUGCCGAGAUCCUGCUCACCUACUUCAUCGCCUGCUUCGACGGCACAAUCAUGGCCUCCUCCCAUCCCGUCAUCACGUCCUACUUCCACGCCUCCAACAGCGCCUCGUGGCUGUCCACGGCCUUUUUGCUGACUUCCUCGGCGUUCCAGCCCAUCUUGGGGAGGCUGUCUGACAGCGUCGGCCGGAAGCCGCCGUACGUCGCCACCAUGGUGAUCUUUUGCGUCGCGACGGUGUGGUGCGCGCUCGCCCAGAGCAUGACGAGCUUCAUCCUCGCUAGGGCGGCGUGCGGUCUCGGCGCCGGCGGAAUGAUGACUUUGGGCAGUAUUAUUGUCAGCGAUUUGGUCCCGAUUGAGAACCGCGGCGCAUACCAAUCCUACAUCAACAUGAUCUACGGCGUCGGAUCCGCCCUGGGCGCAGCCCUCGGCGGCGCCAUGGCCGACCACCUCGGUUGGCGGUGGGAGUUCGGCAUCCAGGUCCCGCCCCUCAUUAUCUGCUGCAUCAUUGCCGUGAUCGCCGUCCCCAGCGACCUGGGCAUGACCGGCAAACGGGAGAGCUUCUUCGAGGCCCUCAAGGCUUUCGACUUCAAGGGCUCAAUCCUCCUGACCACGGCCAUCACCUUCUUCGUCCUCGGUCUUAACCUGGGAGGAAAUAUCCUGCCUUGGUCCCAUCCCCUCGUAAUCGCAUCUCUAGCCAUCUUUGGCGUCUGCUUCCCUGUCUUCCUCUACGUUCAGUCCUACGUCAGCCGCCCAAUCAUGCCUCUCUACCUCAUUCGCCGUUCGCCCCGAAUGAACCUCAUCUUCUCAAACUUCAUCGCGGCUCUUCUCAGCAACGCCAUCAUCUUCAACAUCCCCCUUUUCUUCCAAGCGGUCCUCCUCACAACAGCAACCUCGUCCGGCCUCCGCCUCGUCCUCCCCUCCAUUGUCUCCUCCAUAGUCGGCACAGCAACAGGCUUUCUCAUAACCUACACCCGCCGCCUAAAAUGGCCCCCGCUCACCGGCGCCAUCGGCCUCCUCGUCGGCACCCUCACCCUCGCCCUCAUGCGCCGCGGCUGGCCAUCAUGGGUCUACCUUCUCUGCCUCGUCCCUUUCUCCAUCGGCCAAGGCUUGCAGUUCCCUGGUUCAUUCAUGGCCGUGCUCGCCGCCAGCGACCAGCGCGAGCAGGCCGUCGUCACGAGUACCCUCAUCCUAUGGCGCUCGCUCGGCAUGGUCCUCGGCGUCGCGAGUAGUAGUCUCGUCCUACAGAAUACGCUGGUGGGGUACCUGAGCGAGUACGUCCAAGGGCCCGAGAAGGACGAGGUGAUUCGCAAGGUGAGGGAGAGCGUCGAGUCCAUCGUGAAGCUGCCGGCGGUGUACCGUGAUCAGGUCGUCAUGAGUUACGAGGCGGCUUUGAGGGCGACGUUCCUGUGCUGCACGGUGAUUGCCCUCCUUUCGGUGGCGCUGCUCGUCCCCAUCAAGUUGCCCAGACUGGGUGCGAGAAAAUGA